UGCCAACCUGUGGCUAAACUACCAUGAAAACAGCAUUGGCCAUUGAUUUGGUCGGUUUGGGGUGUUUGUGGUUGGGUUGGGCAGGUUGUUUUCUUCCAUUGACCUGAGUUAUUCUUUCCUCUUUUCUAUUUCUUGAUCUUCUUGUCACGCUCUUCCCGUUAUACCCUCUCCUCUCUUCCAAUCCUCGCCUCAUAUUGUCUCUUCUUUCUCAAGCUGUAUCCAGCUAGUCUCUCUGCUCGCUCCUCUUCAAAAUGCUGGCCAUUCGAGCUCUCCGAACUCCCGCCUCCAGGCAAGCCCUGCGCGCUGCUACUCCCCGCGCCGCCGUCUUCUACAACCGAUGCUACUCGACCUCUGGCGAACGAGUUGCCAAGUACAACGGUACCAAGGAUGCCAAUGGCAACUUCCUGGUUAGCUUGAUCGAGGGUGACGGUAUUGGCCCCGAGAUCUCUCAGUCCGUCAAGGACAUCUUCGCCGCCGCCAAGACCCCCAUUGCUUGGGAGCCUGUCGACGUCACCCCCAUCAUCAAGGACGGCAAGACUGCUAUCCCUGAUGCUGCCAUUGAGAACAUUCAGAAGAACAAGAUCGCCCUCAAGGGUCCCCUCGCUACCCCCGUUGGCAAGGGACAUGUCUCUCUAAACCUCACUCUCCGACGAACAUUCAACCUCUUCGCUAAUUUGCGACCUUGCCGAUCCGUCGCUGGUUACGAGACUCCUUACGACAACGUCGACACCGUCCUGAUCCGAGAGAACACCGAGGGUGAAUACUCCGGUAUUGAGCAUGUUGUCGUCGAUGGUGUCGUUCAGAGCAUCAAGCUUAUCACCCGUGAGGCCUCCGAGCGUGUCCUGCGAUUCGCCUUCCAGCACGCUGAGUCCAUUGGCCGCAAGAAGGUCCGCGUCGUUCACAAGGCUACCAUCAUGAAGCUCUCAGAUGGUCUCUUCCUUAAGGUUGCCCAGGAGGUUGCCAAGGACUUCCCCGGCAUUGAGUUCGAUGCUGAGCUCCUCGACAACAGCUGCCUCAAGAUGGUUACUGACCCCACUCCUUACAACGACAAGGUCCUUGUCAUGCCCAACCUCUACGGUGACAUCCUCUCCGAUAUGUGCGCAGGUCUCAUCGGUGGCCUUGGUCUUACCCCCUCCGGAAACAUCGGUGAUGAGUGCUCCAUCUUCGAGGCCGUCCACGGUUCCGCUCCUGAUAUUGCUGGCAAGAACCUUGCCAACCCUACUGCCCUCCUCCUCAGUUCCAUCAUGAUGCUGCGACACAUGGGUCUCACCGAGCACGCUUCUCGCAUUGAGACCGCUAUCUUCGAUACUCUUGCCGAAGGCAAGGCCCUCACUGGUGAUCUUGGCGGCAAGGCCAAGACCAACGAGUACGCCGCCGCCAUUAUCUCCAGGCUGUAAAUAUACACCCUUUAGUUUAGAUACCUGUCUCCUCACCCGAGGGUUUAUACGCGAUUUUCUUUUUUUUUUUUCCAGGGUAGUGUACUUGCUAAGUGUACCAAACCUAGAAUCAGGCACGGCGAAAUGAUUAAGUUACGGAGUUGCUCUUGAUGAUGAGGACCUUAAAAAUGUGUGGAUGAGAUGAGAAACAGUGAAAGAUAAUGCCUAAGCUACCUUAUGCGAUAUAGUAUUGGUAAACAAUAUAGUCAAGAUUCAAAAUUUGUCACUCUCGUAUCGCUCUCAAAACAAUGCUUCUAAUUUGAGGUAAAACUCCUUCCAUAUCCCGCCGCGAUUUUGCAUGAUACUCAAG